AUGCCAAGGCCAUGGAAUGAGUUCUUCCCCACAGUGCCGGGCUACAGACAGGAGCAGGUGGAGAAGGGCCUGAAGCUGUUCGGCCAGCUCAUCAACAACAAGGUCUUCCUGCUCUCAUUCAUCCGCACGCUCGAGUCGCAGCGCGGCUUCUCCAUGCGCGACCGCGGCAACGUGGCCUCGCUCAUCAUGACAAUGCUGCAGAGUAAACUGGAGUACGCCACCGAUGUCCUCAAGCACCUGCUCUCUGACCUCAUCGACCGCAACCUGGAGAGCAAGAACCACCCCAAGCUGCUGCUCCGAAGGACGGAGUCUGUGGCAGAGAAAAUGCUGACCAACUGGUUCACCUUCCUGCUAUACAAGUUCCUAAAGGAGUGUGCGGGCGAGCCCCUCUUCUCCCUCUUCUGUGCCAUCAAGCAGCAGAUGGAAAAGGGGCCUAUAGACUCCAUCACUGGCGAGGCGCGCUACUCGCUCAGCGAGGAUAAACUCAUCAGACAGCAAAUCGACUACAAGAUGCUGGUGGUGAACUGCAUCCACCCGGACAAUGAGAAGAGCCCUGAGAUCCAGGUGAAGGUGUUGAACUGUGACUCCAUCAGCCAGGUGAAGGAAAAGAUCCUGGACGCCAUAUACAAGAACGUUCCCCACUCCCACCGACAGAAGGCCUCUGACAUGGACCUAGAGUGGCGCCAGGGCAGAGGUCAGCGUACGAUCCUGAUGGACGAAGACCUCUCUACCAAGAUUGAGAGCGACUGGAAGAGACUCAACAUGCUUGCUCACUACCAGGUGCCUGAUAACUCUGUGAUGGCCCUGGUCCCCAAGCAGGUGACGGCCUACAACUCGGUCAACAACUCAACUGUGUCCAGAACCUCAGCCAGUAAAUACGAGAACAUGAUCAAGUACACGGGGAGCCCCGACAGCCUGCGCUCGCGCACGCCCAUGAUCACGCCCGACCUGGAGAGCGGGGUCAAAGUGUGGCACCUGGUAAAGAACCACGAACACGGAGACCAGAAGGAGGGAGACCGCGGCUCCAAGAUGGUCUCUGAGAUAUACCUGACCAGGCUGCUGGCCACUAAGGGCACUUUACAGAAGUUUGUGGACGACCUGUUUGAGACCAUCUUCAGCACGGCCCACCGAGGCAGCGCCCUGCCCCUGGCCAUCAAGUACAUGUUUGACUUCCUGGAUGAGCAGGCUGACAAGCACAGCAUCCAUGACCCGCAUGUCAGACACACAUGGAAAAGCAACUGGCGACAGAGCCUGGGCUCGAACCCAGAGUCUCUGGUGGCACAGCUAGCCCUGAGAUGCAGUGCCCUAGACCACUGCGCCACCCGGGAGGCCCACCAGAGUUUAUUUGUCAAGUGCACAGGAUACAACAGAGAGGGAGGUGAGCGAUUAUUCCAGCUGUGGCAGGGUGCCCAGACCGCAGCGGAGUAUGCCCUCACCUUCCGGCCUCUGACAGCCUCCAGCGAAUGGAAUGAACCGGUGCUCUGCGCCCAAACCCGUAGACGACUGCGCAAGGAGGUCCAAAUGGAGUUGGCGUGCCGGGAAGACAACGUUUCCUUGGAUGUGCUCAUCGUGAUGGCCAUCUGUCUGGACAACCUUCUUCAGGAGGGCUGUCACCUCCCUAACCCCUUGCCCUACUCCUUUGACUGUCCUGAGGCAGAGCCUGAACCCAUGGAGAUAGGGGUCACACACCUCUCCACGUUAGAGCGGUGUCACCGGUGA